UAUAUUUCUUUUUGUCAUUGUGCUCUUGAAACUUGUUUAUUGUAUGUUGCCUUGUUGUUCUAUUUGAACUUGGUGACCUGAGGUUUUCUUAAUUAUGACUUGGAAGGUCCGUGAAGAAUAUAGUACUAAAUUUGAUGGAUCUUCUAUUUUGAAGGAGACUGACAUUGGGAGGCACGUGAAUCGGUUGCGGAAGCAUUCCUCCAAUGACGUUCGCAGAUUGGUGAAGCUACUUGUGAGGAAGUGGAAGGAAAUUGUGGUUGAGUGGGUGAGGUUGAAUCAACCGGGUGGAACAGCCUCUCUCAUGGCUGAUGGUGACUCUCCACCGCUGAAAACCACCCAAAACGGGCAUCAUCGGAUUCCUGAUUUUGCAUACUCGCCAAAUCCACACAAUGAGUACUUGUGCAUCUUAUUCAAAUUUUCUUUUUGUGUGUGUCUCUGUUGUUUUGGAUUUUGGCGAACAAUAAUGCUUUUUUGCUUUUGUAUGCUAACACAGAUGGAAGUUCUGGGUCUGACUAGCUUAGCAGAUAGUUGUUUUCCUGUUAAUGACGGUCCUGCAGCAAGCCGACUCCAUGCUGCACUGGAAGCAGGAAACCUUUCUCCAGAGGUCGCCGUAUAA